AUGCAGGAGCGCCGGGUCAUCCGGCGCACGCUGCGCGACCUGCAGCGCCAGAUGCGCGAGAACCCCGACGAGUUCCUGCAGGCCGACCCCAAGGCCCUGCUCAACUACCUGAACCAGUCGGACAAGAUCAUCCGCGACGUCAAGCAGACCAACGAGGCCGCCAUCGACUCGCGCGGCCUCGUCAUCGCCGCUGACCUGUCGGCCCGCCGCGUUCAGCGCCUGACGUCGGGCAACGUCGGAAAUGGCAUCGACGUCGACGAGUUCGUGUCAAAGUGCAUCACCUUCAUGCUGCAGGGCCGCGGCAUUGAGGACGACGCCGCCGAGGAGCUGUCGAGCACACAGCGGAGGAGGCGGCAGGUGCCGGCGGCGGUGGCGGCACCUGGAGCCUUGGGAAGCGACGAUGAGGACGAGGUGGGCGACGAGGGCGACAUGAUGAACUGGUCGCACCUGGGCCGCUUUGCCGCCGUGCCGAGCGUGCGCCGGCCCGCCGUGACGGGCUUCAUGCUGGGCCCGCUCUCGAUCGAGAAGAAGGCUAGGCGCAUGACUAAGCGGUCGGCGCCCUUCAAGGUGUCUAACCUCAAGGAGGUGCGGCCCGAGGAGCUGCGCGCCGGGGAUCUCAACAAGUCGGACAAGAACGACCUGCCCGCCCUCUGUAAAAAGAUCUACGUCAGUCUCGAGUUGGCGCAAAGGGAAGCGCAGGACGACGUCGACAAUGACCUGCCCGAGGAUUUCACCGAAGAGCAGCUGACCGCUGCCAUGAGCCGCUAUUCGUUGCGAAGAAACGGCGGCAUAGACCUUUUACACUUCGUCAUUAACCCCCACUCGUUUGGGCAGACGGUCGAGAACAUGUUCUACGUCUCCUUUCUCAUCCGCGAAGGCAGCGUGAAGCUUGAAUUUGACAAGGACGGCUUCCCCGAGCUACAACCAGCUGACAGAAACUUAACAUCCGGCAUGGCUCGCUCCAAGCAUAGCACCACGAGGCACCAGAGCAUCAUGUCGAUCGACAUGAAGACGUGGCGCGACAUCAUCGACGCGUUCGGCAUCACGGAGCCCAUGAUUCCCCACCGAGAAAAGGAGCAUCAGCAGGGCCCCGGCGCGCGGGGCUGGUACAGCUAG